CGGACCAUCAAAUAAAAAUGGCUAUCGUAAAGCUACCGGAAGAUUUGCUCAUGGAGAUUCUGCUGAGGCUUCCAGUGAAAUCCCUUCUUCGAUUCAAAUCAGUCUGCAAAAACUGGUAUGCUCUCAUCCAAAAUCCUAGCUUCAUUUCCCUCCAUCAUGAUCACUUCACCUCUAUUCCCGUCAACCAAAACACUGACUGCCUCUUCGUUAAGGGAUCCCUCGAGGGCGGUAUGGGAGUUUUUUGUCGAUUUAUGCCUUUCCAACUGCAAAAGCUGAGCUGUCUUCAUGUAAUUGGUUCGGCGGACCCUCCCGUAUACACGGAGGAACUCGGCGGUAUGGCCUUGUCAUUUGUCACCGGCGAAAACCCCGUUGAGGAUAUAGAUAUAUCUUUCACUGGUAUAGAUAUUGAAGCGCUACAAAUCUUGGGUCCUUGUAAUGGCGUCGUUUGUCUCACCAGCGGUUUAAACUCCACCAUUGUGAUAUGCAACCCUUCAAUGAAUGAAUUCAGGGUACUUCCUCAACCUUCCUACAAAAAUGACUUUUUUAGUAAUUUGGGAAUUGGGUAUGAUCCCAUUACGAAUGAUUAUAAAGUGGUUAAAUUCGGAAAUAUAAGCAUUAUGGGCAUCGAUGAAAGAGUUGAAAUAUACGAUGAAAGAGUUGAAAUAUAUGAAUUGAGUACAGAUUCUUGGAGAGAAGUUGACGAUGAGGGCCCCAUCGAGUCCGGUUUCCUCUGUAGUGAGAGUCUAUUCACAUCGUGGAAUGGGGAUUUUUUUUGGUAUGCUUACAGUGGUGGUUGCCAUCCUGUUGGACUGGCGAUUGUGGCGUUUAGUAUGACCGAUGAGGAGUUCAAAGAGAUGCCCGUGCCAGAAGUUUGCUUGUCACACCACCCGAAACUUUCUGUUUUGAAAGAUUCCCUUGCCCUGGUUAUUUGUCAAAAUUGGUGGGCAGGAAGGUGCUUUGACAUAUGGCUAAUGAACAAAGAGGAUGUCGAGGUGUCGUGGACUAAGAAGUUCACUAUCGGACCCUGCUUCCCGGCAUUUGACGAGGUAUUGGGAUUUCGGCAAAAUGGUGAGGUCCUUGUGAAGAACCUUGGACAGAUAAUGUUGUACAACAGUAAUACUCGAGAAAGAAAGGAGUAUCAAGUCCAUGGUCGUCUAUCAAAUUUACAUGCUGUUCCAUACACGGAGAGCUUGGUUUCGGUCAAUAGACACAAUGCGCCUGAUGGACACAUAGCGUCUUAGAUCAAAUUACAUUUCCAUUAUGUGCUUUCGUGACCUCGAGUAACUAAAAUACUCUUCGUGCUGCACAAAGGGCUUGUGAAGUCCUUUCAGAGGUUGCUGCCAUUUGCAGUACUGCUAAAGAAAAACUAAUAAGGUAAACGAGUGGCUCCAUUCAGCUUCCGAGAUGUCUCUUGACUGUCUUCCAAGGCAGUCUAUCCCAGUGAGCAAUUACAAGGAUGAUGGAUACCCAUUUAACUUUUCAUGCAUCUGUAGUCUGCUUUUGUUUUCUUGAAUAUCUUUCAAUCUUUCCUACUGUACAAUUUGUAUGCCUCCGAAUAUGGUCUUGAUCAUACUUCUACCUCUGUCACUCCAUUUUAGGUACAACACAUUGGAUUUACUUGGCUUUUCUUCUGUAUAUUUCAUAAUGGAAUGUGUUUCCAUCCAAAUUGGAUCUUCAUCGAUCAGACAUUUAACUUUAUUCACUCUAAUUUUAAGUAUAGAACUGGAUUCUCAAUCGCAACAACCAACUUUGACCGUGAAUAUCUGUUGAAUUUUGAUUUGCUUAUCACCCGUCUGAAUUUCCCGAAUCUGCAAAAGGCAGACAACUAAGGGUGUUGAAUAGUGAAUCAAUGAGAGAACUUUUAUUCUUUGGCUGAGAUGGGGUUUAGAUAUUGAUUGAUGAAUAUGCCACCAAUUUUAGUCUUUUUCUGUAGGUUUUUUAUUCUCUUCAUAUGGUUACUAAUGCAGUAGUAGCUGUAAGAUAUGAUUUAAUGACAUUGUGUGUAAGACACAUGGUUAAUCUUUAGAAGACAUGGCAUAUCCUGUAUACCCAUCUUCUAUUGCUUUCACAUCAUCGACAAAAAUAUCCAGUGCUCGGGCCAAUGGUUAAAACCUUCAUGGUCAGUCUUAUUAUUUCCCGCAUUUACUUUUUAAUGGAAAUAAUGACAGUGAAUCUGUUCCAUCGACUAAUCCAAUUUCUAACCAAGCAUUUUUUCGGUCAUGGACGAUAGAUUUUUUCCUCCAGGAUGUACCAUUAGUGCGGUUAUUGGUUAAUUUUCAUUUUUAGGUAUACUACGCUUUCUUUUUUUGUGCAGGGGAUUCAUGGAACCUCAGAAGGUUACACUAUUGUCUGCUGGUAGUCUAUGUGCUAUAUGAUACCUUUCAUUUUGACUUUUGAUUCAUAUGUUUCUAUUGACUGGGGGUACAUUCAUCUAGUAGGAUGCCAUUCCUUCUUGUCUUCUCUACAGUACAGUAUUGUGCAGCAUAAAAUUGAUGGAUUCCCACUUCUUGUUGUCAACGAGGUUAACAUGUGAUUUUGGAAGCUUUCACUUUGGCACCAAAAAGCACUUGAGUUAACUGAAAUAGAAGAAACAUAAUCGGAUAUCGAUAUAGUUCCUACAUCAAUAUGAUCUCAUAUUACAAAGCCAGAGAGAUUAUUAAUUUGGAGCUGCUGGAGCAAUACUCAAGGGGUCUCUUCCACCACACUUGUUUGAGAUCCACAUGCUUUGGUGUGAGUUCUACAAAAAUGUGUGGUGUAAGAGGCACCUAGAGGCUAGAGCAUUGCUCCAGGAGCACCAAUAAUUUUUCUAGUGAAAUAGAUGGUGUGGCUAUUGAGCUGAUGGUUCAGAAAUGUUUACUCUCUUAGUGAUUAUGGAAAUUACGUGGACGUAACAUGGCAAUUGCAUUGUAUUUCGGAGGGAAAAUUGACACCUAAAUGGUAGUGGACCCACAGAGUAAAACCAUCAGGACUUAAAACAGACGUAUUACCCGAUGGUGAAGAGGAAAUUAGGGUUCUUAAAUGAGUGAGAGAGUUUGGUGAUUUCACUGAUCUUAUAUGCAACAGCCCAAUUUGUUGUCUUGUCUUGAAAACAAAGGACUCAAGCGUCUGCAUUUUUGUAUCAAUCAAUGAUGGUGUGGCAUUUGAGGGAGAAUGAUGGUGGACCUCUCCCCUAUGGUACCUUUUCGAUUUUACACUUGAGUUGUACAUGUUCACAC